ACUUUAUUCUUAUAAUUUGUGUUUUUUUCACCUAACUUGUAUUUGUCCGCCACUCUUCACAUCUUCUUUUGUUCACCCCGCUUAGCGCAAUCAAGGCAAACGCACAUAUAAAAGGGAAAAAAGUAUAAAAAAAACAGCAUUAAGGGUUUUCCUUUGGCCUUCUUCUCUCUUUAGCUCUUUCAACUUUCACCGAUCAUCCAUGGCUCAUAGCUCUGCCUCCGAUUCCCGCCACCAACUCACCGUCAACCCUCCCCACCCGGUCUCCAAAGAUGUUCAAGGAUCUGACAAUCUUAUUCCGCUUUCACCGCAGUGGCUUCUGCCAAAGCCAGGGGAGAGUAAGCCGGGAAUAGGAACUAUGGAAAGUCAUCCUGGCCCAUAUGCAGCUCAUGGAAGUCGCUCCGAUGUCGUAAAGCCAUCGGGAAAUGGUGAGGAGAUUCAUGAUACCCUGAAGAAGAAGAACGUUUUCAGGCCAUCCUUACUUGAUAUGGACACUGGUCGCCGAGACCGCUGGCGCGAUGAAGAACGAGACACCCAUUCAUCUGUGCGCAAAGAUCAUUGGAGGGAUGGAGAUAAAGAGCUCAGUGAUACCCGCAGGAUGGAUCGAUGGGCAGAUAACUUGCCUUCAAGACAAUUUGGAGAAGCACGCCGUGCUUCCUCUGAGCGGUGGACUGAUUCAGGUAACAGGGACUCAAAUUAUGAUCAAAGGCGUGAGAGCAAAUGGAACACACGCUGGGGCCCUGAUGAUAAAAACACUGAAAGCUCGCGUGACAAGUGGGCAGACUAUGGAAGAGAUGGUGAUAUGCCUCUUGACAAAGGGUUGUCUCAUCUUUCCAGUCACGGGAAGGAUGAGAGGGAGGGGGAUCACUAUCGCCCAUGGAGGUUCACCUCUUCUCAAAGUCGAGGAAGGGUAGAGCCUCCUCAUCACCAAACAUUAACUCCAAGCAAGCAGGUUUCCACUUUUUCCUAUGGCCGGGGACAUGGAGAAAACCACCCUUUGACAUUUUCUGCUGGCCGUGGAAGGGUCAGUUCUGGUGGGAACUCAGGGGCUAGUAUGCCUUCUCAUCGUCAAUCUCUGGGAAGCAUAUCUGACAAAGGUGAAAUUGACCAUGGAGAGCCAUCCCCAUUAAGAUAUAGUAGGACAAAAUUGCUUGACUUAUACAAGAGGACUGACAUGGGGAUUUAUGAAAAACUCUUAGAAGAGCUUGUACCAGUGCCUUCACUUACGCAGAAUGAACCAUUGGAACCUCUAGCUCUUUGUGCUCCUAAUUCUGAUGAAAUGCUUGUUCUGAAGGGAAUUGACAAAGGGGACAUAACAAGUAGUGGUGCUUCUCAGAUGCCUAAAGAUGGGCCUGCAGGGCGGAACUCUCUAGAGUUUACUCAUUCAAAACGAAACAAGAUUGGCAGUAGAGAAGAUUUACCAACUGCUAUUGAUGAUCAUAAAGAGGAUAUUUCUGACGUUCCAAAGAGCAGUUAUUCACAAGAUUUGGCACUUGAAAAGCAUAAGGGAUACCCAGAUACUAAAUUGAAAUCAGAAGCUAUGGACGAUAGGGGUUCUUAUAGAAGGGCUGAAGAGGUGCCCAUAAGUAGGGAAUCAAGCAUACAAGUGACUAACUCUGUUAAUCCCAGCACCAUGUGGAGAACCUUCUCAUUAGGAGAACGAACACCUACAGCCACACAUGAUUGGAAGGAGAUUCCAACUGAUGUCAGGUCAAGAACCCCUGACAUGAGCUGGUUACAACCACAGAAAGAUAUGAUUAACCAACGAGAAAGUAGUGUGAUGAAUUCAUCCUGUUCCAGAGAUGAAGCAAAUUGGCAAUCUAGUGAGGAUCCUAUUUUUAAGAGGCAACCAUCUGGAGUUUUGGAGAGAGAACCUGAACCUAGGAAGCUGCCUGCUCCAGAGGACCUUCUCCUUCACUACAAAGAUCCUCAAGGUGAAAUUCAAGGCCCUUUUUCAGGGAUUGACAUCAUAGGCUGGUAUGAGGCAGGAUAUUUUGGGAUAGAUUUGGAAGUUCGGCUUGCAAAUGCAUCCAAGGACUCACCAUUUUCCUUACUUGGUGAUGUGAUGCCCCACUUACGGGCUAAAGCACGACCACCACCUGGAUUUGGUGUGCCAAAACAGGGUGAACUCUCAGAUUUGUCAAGCACGUCAAAUUCUGGUAGCCUUGGGAAAGGUCAUGCUGGUGCAAGUGAGAUUGAUAUGAUCAGAAAUGAGUCAAGGCCGACAACAGAAGCUGAAAAUAAGUUUUUGGAGUCACUCAUGUCUGGUGGCAUCAGCAAUCCAUCCCAAGGUUUGCAAGGCUAUCUUGCAAAUAAUCCUAGCAGCAUUCCAGCAUCUGGAAUAGAAAAUGAGAGUGAUCUCUAUCUCUUGGCCAAGAGAAUGACACUUGAACGGCAAAGGUCAUUACCAAAAUCAUACCCUUAUUGGCCAGGGAGAGAUGAUGCAUCUGUGGUUUCAAAGCCAGAGAUCAUCUCUGAAUCACCCACACCUCAAGCAAAGCUCCUCACAUCAUUGACUGACAACACUCUUCAGCCACCUCAUUCACAAGGUGCUGAUUUGAUGUCCAUCCUCCAUGGAUUACUGGACAGGUCUGCUCCAGGAGUAAAUAAUAGUGUUGGUGGUUGGUCAAAUUUUCCUGCACAAAGUGCAUUGGAUCCUCUUCAAGAUAAGAUUGAAUUACAUCAUGCUCAAAAUUUUCCUAACCAAGCUCCCUUUGGGAUCCAGCAACAGAGGCUGCAAACACCAACCCCACCUUCCUUGACAAGUUUGCUUGGUCAGACUAUGGAUAACCCAUCUGGUAUUCUAACACCUGAAAAGUUACUCUCCUCCACUUUAUCUCAAGACUCCCAACUGCUAAAUAUGUUGCAGCAGCAGUAUUUUAUGCAGCAGCUACAACCCCAGACAGCAGUACCAACACAACAGAUGUUACUGCUUGAGAAGAUCAUGUUGCUUAAGCAGCAACAGAAACAGGAGGAACAGAAACAGUUGUUACGGCAACAACAAUUGCUUUCACAGGUUUUGCAAGAACAUCAUUCCCAACAGCGUUUUGGUGAACCCUCUUAUGGACACUUACAGAAUACUACAAUGCCAACAAGGAGUGCAUCUGUGGAUCCCAGUCGACUUCAGCCAUCAUCACAAGAUAUGCUUCAGAUUGGCUCACAGAUGCAACGUCCAGGCACCCAAGAUGAACAUGCCAAUAACUUAAUGAAUCUGCCUCCACAAGUUUCCAAGGAUAUUGGUUAUGCUGUUAGUUCUGGAUCCCCUCCUUUGCAUCUACCACACCAGAUGUUUAGUAGUAUUAAUCGUCAGAAGAGCCGGGGGACUAAUGCCCCAGAACCAGUUAAUGACAUCCAACAGUCUUUGCCGGUGACAACAAUUGUUGAAAGUUCACCCUCAUUGGAAAUGAACUUAUCCUCUUCGGAGGCUUCUCUUGUGCAAGAGCCCCUCCUUGCUUCUGACUGCUAUGCUCUUGCUGCGGAGCAGCCACUGGACUAUGCUCAGAAGAUUGUAACCCUGGUGAAUGAUGCAAAUUGUGGAACCUUGGAGCACCUUGGAAUUGCUACUGCUAGAACCUGUAAAAUUGAUACACCUAUGAAUGAGGGUAUUCAACCAACUAGUGCUAUUGAUCAGCUGCAAGUUGAAAGAGAAAGAAGCAAUGAUCAGCCUUCUGUAAUGAGAGAAGUUAAGAAUGUUGAAGCUCGUCAGGUAAGAAAAGCUUCGGAAAAGAAGUCUAGAAAGCAAAAAUCUAGUAAAUCACAAGCUUCUGACCAGGCAAAGGGAGUUUCAAAAGCUUCCUCUUUGGUGCAACUGAAACCAUCUGAAACUGAAGAGCUGGAUAUUGGUGACACUAACACUGCUGAAGAUGAUAUUAAUGGGACGUCUCCACGAAAGACAGAAGAGAACAAAUCAAGAAUUGCCCCCAGGGAUUCUCACUAUGCCAAAAGCUCUUCAGCUGCUAAUGUUGGUGUGGGUGAUGUUGAAACAACAGAACUCAAGGGUGAGUCCAGACUUUCUGGUUCUUUCCCAGUGCAGAACACAUCCACGCAGCCUGGAGUACAUGCUUGGAAACCUGCUCCUGGUUUCAAGGCAAAGUCAUUAUUGGAAAUCCAACAGGAAGAACAAAGGAAGGCACUAAUUGAAAUGGCAGCAUCAGAGGUUACUUCUUCUGUCAACUCUAUGAGUUUGUCAACUCCAUGGGCUGGGGUUGUGAGUAGUUUAGAACCCAAAGUUUCUAGAGAAAGUCAAAGAGAUGCAGAUAUUGCUGAGUCAGCUGUUGUGAAACCUGAAAGUUCUGCAAAUCCAAUGAGUAAAAAGAGCCCAUUACAUGAUUUGUUGGCAGAAGAAGUUUUGGCAAAAUCCAGCGAAAGAGAUGCAGAUGCUCCUGACAUUAUUUGUGCAUCUUCUGCGCACGAUACCACCACAAAUGUGGAACCUAUUGAUGACAACAACUUUGUUGAGGCUAAGGAAACUAAAAAGAGUCGUAAAAGGUCUGCCAAAGGAAAGGGCACCGGAGCAAAGGUAUCGGGUCCUCUUAAUGCUACUGAUGUGGCUGUUGUUAGUGUAAGUCCUGUUGAGAAAGGCAAAAGUUCUCGACCAGCACAACCAGAGAAGGAAGUAUUGCCUUCAAUUCCUUCAGGUCCUUCUUUGGGAGAUUUUGUUCCUUGGAGAGGGGAGCAAGUAAACCCUUCCCCUGCGCCAGCAUGGUCUGCUGAUUCUAAGAAACUUCUUAAACCCACGUCAUUAAGGGACAUACAAAAGGAGCAGAAGAGGAAUUCCUCUGUCCAGCACACAAAUCCAACACCAACUCCUCAGAAAUCCCAACCAAGUCAGUCAACUGAUGGUGGUGUUUUAUCAUGGUCCAUCACUGCAUCUUCACCAUCAAAGGCUGCAUCUCCCAUCCAGAUAAAUUCUCAUGCAUCUUCUCAGUCAAAAUAUAAAGGAGAUGAUGACCUAUUCUGGGGUCCAAUUGAUCAGACAAAGCAAGAAACAAAGCAACCUGAUUUCCCACUUCUAGCAAACGUGGGCGGGUGGAGAACAAAAAGUACUCCUGCUAAAGGAACUACUAGUGGGUCAUUAAGCGGGCAGAAGUCCGCGGGUGGCAGACCUAUUGAGCGCACUCUGUCAUCCUCUCCUGCCUCGACUCGGUCUUCCCUUAAGGGGAAAAGGGAUAUGUUGACCAGGCAUUCUGAGGCUAUGGAUUUCAAGGAUUGGUGUGAGAGCGAGUGUGUUAGGCUUAUUGGGACAAACGAUACGAGUUUCUUGGAAUAUUGUUUGAAGCAAUCUAGGUCUGAGGCUGAGAUACUUUUAGUAGAGAACCUUGGAUCAUAUGAUCCUAAUCAUGAGUUCAUUGAAAAAUUUCUCAACUAUAAGGAGUUGUUACCAGCUGACGUGCUUGAGAUUGCCUUUCAAAGUGGACAUGACAGAAAGUUCAUGGAGUUGGGCGCCGGAAAUGUGAUUUCUGGCGAUAUAAGCGUUGCUGACUUUGACCAAGAUCUUGCAGUCGAUCUAGAUGGGUCUUCGAAGGGAGGAGGCAAGAAGAAGGGGAAGAAAGGAAAGAAGGUGAGCCCGGCUGUUUUGGGAUUUAAUGUCGUCAGUAACCGCAUCAUGAUGGGUGAGAUUCAGACGGUAGAAGAUUGAUAAUUGUGACUUCUUUAGAGACGUCAUAACGGAUGAGUUUCAGACGGUAGAAUAUUUUUGAGAUGUCUCGUUUUAAUACAUUUGGCUUAACUGUUUAUGUACAGGUAGGGUUUUUUCUUUUUCUUUCUUUUUUUACCUCCUUAUAGAGCAACAGCAGCAGCAAUAGAAUCUGCUCAAGCAAUUUUGUGAUGUCAAAUGCGGUAAAG